GGGUCAUCACCUAACCUCGCAGCGCACACACGUGUGGGCUGAGGCAAAGUGUCCACUCUGGCGAUGGCUGAAACCGAGCAGAGCAUCAGCCUGGCUGGUAUGCCGCUGCAUGACGUCCGUGCGGAGGAGAGUGACGAGGCGCUCCCGGGGGAUCAGACGGACAGCGCAGAUGCCGAUGGCUGGGACACUGACCUGGAGGUGGAAGACAUUGGGAGAAGGAGAAAGGUCGGCUCGGCUGCUGAACUUUACCUGCAGGCCUGCGAGAUUGUGGGCGUUAUCCCCGCCACCACCUACCUGCGCAACCUGGGCAACUCCACCCUGAACAUGAACCACCACGGUCUGGGGCCGAAGGGGACCAAAGCACUGGCCAUUGCUUUAGUGUCAGACAUACAGAUUACAGACCUGGAGCUGGAGGAUAACUGCCUUCUACCAGAGGGCGCAAGGUACCUGGUGGAGAUGCUGAAGGAGAACUUCACCAUUCAAAGCAUGAAUCUCUCCAACAACAAUCUUCAGACUGCUGGUGCUGAAAGCCUUGCUAAAAUGCUGAUGGACAACAUCGCAAUCAAAGCAAUUGCACUAUCAGGAAAUGGAUUCGUUGAUGAGGCAGCCAAAAGUUUGGCAGAUACCUUAGCAAACAAUUUCCGGGUGAAAUCCCUGGAUCUAAGCCAUAACAGGUUCUGUGAGACAGGUGGAGAGCACCUCGGCCACAUGCUGGCCAGUAACGAGAGUCUGGAGACCCUGGACCUCAGCUGGAACUUUCUGCGCAUGAGUGGAGCAGUGGCACUUUGCAAUGGUUUAAAGGUGAACGUGACAUUGAAGCACCUGGACUUGUCCUACAACGGCUUCGGCAGUGAGGGAGCGCUGGCACUAGGGGACGCCCUCCGCCACAACAACACCCUGCUCUCACUGGACCUGUCCAGCAACCGCGUCACCUACGAGGCCACCAGGCUGCUGUGCCACGGCCUGGCGUUCAACGACACCCUCAGGGUCUUGCGGCUGCUUCACAACUCAAUCACAUCUGAGGGAGCCUUGCUGCUGCUCACCACUGUUAGAAACAACCCAAAGUCAGCGCUGGAGGAGAUCAACAUAUCAACGGUCAUGGUGAGUGAGGCCUUUGUAGAGCUACUGUUAAGGAUGCAGCAGGAGCAUCCAGUGCUGGACGUCCGAUACCAGGGAGUCACGGGAGCAUUCACCCGAGCGAGAAAGGUGGAUGUCAUGAAAGUCAUUCAGCAUUUUCUUCAAGACCGCAAUCAGUGCCUCACUGAUUUCUUUAAGAGCAUAGACAAGGAAGGAACUACACAAGUCCAUACUUCAGACCUCAGGAAGGCUAUACAGCAAGCAAAGAUGCCUCUUGACAGUUUCAACAUUGAGAUGAUGAUUAAGAAACUGGAUGUGGAUAAGACUGGCAUGAUUGAUUACAGUUUCACAGAACAAAUGGAGCUCUGAAACAGCAGAUCUUGAUCUACUUAAUCUGGGACAGACUGCAAUGAUAUACAGCGAGGGAGGAUCAGAGAGAAGUUUGGUGAAGCUAAAAUGA